AUCAUCACCAUCCCAGAAGUUGUCCAGUCUGUGUGGUACCCUGAGCCGCGCUGGUGGAUCUACGUGUAGCACAUCGUGAAGAACAAGGACACCCCCGGACGACCCCCUAACACACACACGCCGAACCGAACCUCUACCGGACGGAGCCGAACCUCCCAGAGAAACCUCGGUUUUGAUUCCAGUGCAUAUCCUCUUUGAAAUCAGCUGUCCUCCAUAUCCUCCUUCUUCGUCUUCAUCCUCCUAGUGAGCAGACAUGCCUCCAGCAUUAGGUGGGCCUGUGGGGUAUACUCCUCCCGAAGGUGGCUGGGGCUGGGCGGUGGUAGUUGGAGCCUUCAUCUCCAUCGGUUUCUCCUACGCUUUCCCCAAAUCCAUCACAGUCUUCUUCAAGGAGAUAGAGGUCAUCUUCAAUGCCACUCCCAGUCAGGUGUCCUGGAUCUCCUCCAUCAUGCUGGCUGUCAUGUACGCUGGAGGUCCGAUCAGCAGCAUCCUCGUGAACAAAUUUGGUAGCCGACCGAUCAUCAUCGCCGGCGGCUGUCUGUCGGGGACGGGAUUGGUCGCUGCCUCCUUCUGCAACACUGUGGAGCAGCUUUACUUCUGCAUAGGAGUGAUUGGAGGUUUGGGACUAGCAUUCAACCUGAAUCCCGCCCUCACCAUGAUCGGUAAAUAUUUCUACCAUCGCCGGCCCAUCGCCAACGGCAUCGCCAUGGCCGGCAGCCCCGUGUUUCUCUCCACGCUGGCUCCUCUGAACUCCUGGCUGUACGAUGAGUUUGGAUGGAGAGGCAGCUUCCUCAUCCUCGGAGGUCUGCUGCUGAACUGCUGCGUGGCCGGCUCGCUCAUGCGCCCCAUCGGACCCAAACCCCAACCGCCCAAGUCCGACUCCGAGGCAGGCGAGGUCAAGGCGGCAGAUUCAGUCCAGCCUCAGCAGAAGAAGACGGUCCUGCAGACCAUCAACUCCUUCAUCGACCUGACGCUGUUCAAACACCGCGGCUUCCUGCUGUACCUGAGCGGAAACGUCAUCAUGUUCUUCGGCCUCUUCGCUCCGCUCGUCUUCCUCUCAAAUUACGCCAAAAGUAUGGGCAUCAGCAAAGACAAAGCGGCCUUCCUGCUGUCAGUGUUGGCGUUUGUUGACAUGUUCGCCCGGCCCUCCAUGGGGAUGCUAGCCAACACAAAGUGGGUCCGGCCCCGAGUGCAGUACUUCUUCGCAGCUGCGGUUCUUUACAACGGGGUGUGUCACGUUCUGGCGCCGCUGUCAGUGGACUACACGGGAUUUGUGAUCUACGCCAUCUUCUUUGGGUUCGCGUUCGGCUGGCUGAGCGCGGUGCUGUUUGAGACCCUGAUGGACCUGGUGGGCGCUCAGAGGUUCUCCUCAGCUGUGGGUCUGGUCACUAUAGUGGAGUGUGGGCCGGUGCUGCUGGGACCCCCGCUAACAGGUAGUUUCUAUAACUACUACAACCACUACAACUACACCUACAUCACCUCCGGCAUCAUCCUCAUUGUCGCUAGUGUGGUCCUCUUCGUGGGGAUGGGCAUCAACUACCGCCUGCUGGAACGAGAGAGGAAAGAGGAGGAGAGGAGAGAGAGGGACGAGCCCAAGGAGGAGCGCACCGCCAUGUUGGCACCUCCCUCCCCGUCAAAGUCAAACGAGGACGGGGAGGAGAACAAUGUACCGGCCGCUGUGACGAUGGCGGAAAUCUCCAAGAUGGACGAGGACACUGUGUAGGAAAGGAAAGAAGAUGAACUCGAAGGACGCACACACCUAACAGAAACACACACGCGAGAGAUGCAGUUACUCAGUACAACCACACGCUGUCUUUAUAGGGACAUAACAACCUCAUUCACAACCCUGAAGCCAUAGAAAUUACUCAGAUCAAUAGAAACUGAGACCUGCUGCCGUGACGUCAUACGGCUCGUCAAGCAGCUUUUUUUUUGUCGCUGUGAUGACACCUCUGGUUUUGGUAUUUGACGUGCCUUUUGGUGGAGCACACACGCCGAUUAAAUUAAGAACUGAACGACGCACAAGACAGAAAGACUGUAAAAAAAAAUCCAGUAAACUAAUGACGACUUUACUCUCAGGGUCUUGAGCUGCCGUUAAGGUUCAGCCCUUCACACUCAGAAACACACACUCAGAGUCCAACAGUGCAGUUCUUUGGUUACAGUAUGAGGAGAUACUGUAAGUUCUCUCACAUACUACUACUCACAUGCUUUGAUUUACCUCCUUAAAGGCUGGAGAGAGAUUAAAGGACACACUCAUGUUACUGUCUGUGCAGUAAAUCUGUCUGUUCACGCGCUAGAUUAAGAGGGUGGAGUCAGUGAAAGUUACAGGUUUUUAUGCAGGAGAGAAGUAGGGCUGCCCCCGACUUAAGAUUCUCCCAUGGACUUUUCAUCUUGAGUAUUAUUUUGUGGACGUUUUUCAGCCUUUGUUGAUGCAGAAAGCUGAAGAGAGACAGAAACCUCCAUGAGAAGAGAGGGGGGGGGAUGAGAUGCAGCAGGUACUGCAGUGAAGACUCAGCCACUGUCCAACCAGGAGAGCCAUCAUGGAGCCACAUUGUCACAUUCGUUCUAUGAAUUCAACUAUCCAAUAAGGUUAUCAUGAUACCAGACUUUUAAACUUUUAUCUUCUAAUAAAGUAUCCAACAAUAUUGAUACCACAGCAACAACAAAAAAUAGUCCAAUGAGCCACUGUAAAGCAAUUUCUUCUUUUUUAUUAACAAAAAAUGCAGACAGACUCCUGCACGCUGUCUACAUGGCAGAAAUACAUUGGCAACAUUUUUGGGACUGAAACAGCGCCCUCUGUAUUCGCUUAUGGAGAUUGUAUUUUUGGAAAACGUGGUAUUGAAGUAUUGAAAACUUUGACAGCCUCACUAUCCAAUUACCUGCCGAUAAAUAUUUUUCAAAGCAUCAGAAGAUGUUUUUAAUUCCUGGGCUGAGAAAGAACAUUUUAAUGUAACCUUGUGCUACAUUGCACAGAAAACAAAAACUGUAAUAAUGACUCUUUAAAAUAUAAUUUUGCAGGUGCAUGUAAUUGAAGCAAGCCUCCAGUUAGCAUCAAUGCUAGCCGCAACAGCACUUAUGAUUCUACAUUUUCCUGACUGAGCAAGGACACUAAACAUUUUCUUCCAGCUUAGCAGAUAGUAUAAUUCCUUCUCUUGUGUAUUUGGGAGAUGGCUCGUUUCUUUAGGAUGAUUCAGUCAGCGUUAGCCCGGCAUGUUUUACUAGUUAACAAACUAACCUGUAAAGAUUGAUGAUGAGAAGUCCCAUUUGAAUUACCUGAAACAGGCAGCCCUGUCCUGAACCGCUGUACCUCAACCUGAGCUUAUCUGAACACUUAGUGUCUGAAGAACCCAUGGAAAUGAAAAUGAGCACUUCAUUGUUUUUAUGGAACAUCAUUCAUCGCACUUUUCUGUAACUGAGGGAGAGAUAUACUAAUUGUCACAAUCCUGCCAGACCACCUACCAUGAAUACGCUAUCCAUAAGAGAGUUUGAGCCCCCCCCCAUGUAACUAACCUACUAAUGAAACAACUAAAGCUCUUUUCAGUGACUACAUUUCAUCAUGAUAAGGAAGCAGCCUGAGAGGAAAGAAACAAAUCAGGAAAACUUUGGAGAAAAUUAGGAAAACUUAGGGAGAAAGAAACGCACAAGUUCACCACACAUGAGAAUAAAAAUGGACAGAAGAGGAAAAAAAAAAGUGAAACCUUUAGUUUAUGACUGCACUUAAAAAUGAGCAAUGCGAACAAAAACACAAGGAUACAGGAACGUACCGAAACCAAUGAAGGAACGUUUUAAAGUUGAGCAGAGGUCUGAGGUCGUCGAGCUUGAAGGUCCCGAUGCCAGCAGUUUAGAAGGUGCUGUUAAUGCUGCGCUUGUACAUAAAUAUGUGUGCACUUUGUGUGUGUGUGUCCAGUCCCCCGAAACAGAGCAGCUCUUUGUGUGUCUUUGUAUUGAUAAAGAUAAGACAGGUUUGAAGAAAAAUUAUAAUAAUCACACGGUAACUCACCCCCACAGAUUCCUGACCUGCUGAGCCACCAGCAGGAAUCGCAGUAUUGUGUGACACCACAUGCAGGUGUAUAAGAAGCUGUGUUUGUAACAGACCGAUAGCUUAGCUGCGUGUGUUUGUGCAUGUGUGCUUUGACCGGCCAAACCUGCCAACAUAGGAAAUAUUUCACUCUGGUUCACACACGAUCCUAACUUUUUACAGGAUUUGUGCUUAGAGAAGUUGCAGUACGCUAGUGUUGUUGUUGUUGUUGUUUUUUUUUUUUAUUGUGAAUAACACAUUGUAGUUUACAGUUAUAUCAACAAAACCUUUGUAAUUUAAAAGAAAUCUAUAUUUUAGUUCAGUGUGUAAUGACAAUCUGACAACGAGUAAUCUUUGUAAUGUGGAUGAACGAAAACGUGUGUGAGCGAGAGAGAGAAAGUGUGUGUGUGUGUGUGUGUGUGUGUGUGUGUGUGUGUUUAAACUGAAGCCAGGUUUGGUUAUUUCAUUCAGCCGCUGCAGCAUCAACUCGUGUCUCUGUGCAGUUCGUCUCUAAACUGUACAAACUCUUUCAUAUCAGAUUCACAAUGUUUGAGUUUCAGAUACUCAACGAUUAAAUAUGCAUCGAUGGUUUCACUGCCAACAUUCAUCUCUGGUUUGAGGAAGUUUUUUUUGUGUUUAGAGGGAGCAGAAAACAUCUCUGCCCUCUUCUGCCUGAACAAGCUUUCCUUAUUUCCUCUUAUGGGAAAAUAAAUGGAGGUUUUUAAUUAACAUUAGCUUUUAAAAAAACAACGUUUAACCCUAGAAU